AUGAGAGCCAUCAUUCCAUCACUUUCUGUCAAAGGCUUCCAGGCUGUACUGUCCUGCCUGGACAAGAUUGGAGACGACAUCAUUGUAGAAGCCCGGCCGGACCGCUUCACCCUCUCGACCCUGAAUAUCACCCGCUCAGCAUUCGCCAAUUUCACAUUUACGCGCACGUUCUUUGAGAGCUACCAUCUGGACACGUCUGCUGAAGCAAUAAGACAUGAUGAGCAGGGACCAUAUCUCCGAUGCUCUGUUUUGGCCAAGGCCCUGGUCUCAGCAUGCAGGAUACGAGGCAAUGUAGAGCAAAAGGUCGAAAAGGUAUGCCUUUUCAUGAACGCUGCGGAGGGCGUAGGAGAGUCCUGUCGACUCACAGUGGAGAUCAUUUUCAAAUACGGCUUCAUCAAGAUCCACAAGCUGCUAUACGAAUCAUGUCCGGAACCCUUGCAUGUGCUUGAUUCGAUCGAGGCCUGUCCCAGUUCGUGGAAACUCCCAGCUGUGGCGCUAAUCGGGUUCACGGAUCAUUUCUCUUCUAAGGCGGAGGAAAUUUCGAUGAAGUGUACUCAGGAUGGAAUCACAUUCAAGACCGCGUCGAGUGAUGAAAGCGGAUCAAAAAAGAUUGGCACAACAGUCGUACCGAUAAGCAGGAGCGCAAUGGAGCUGUAUAAGCUGCAGGAUGGUAUUGAGCUUACAUUCUCGAUGAAGGAAUUCAAGGCAAUCAUUGCAUUUGCUGUCACUCUUCGCCUACCCUUGGAAGGAUAUUUUGAUGCUCGGUGUCGACCUUUUCUUUUGGCAGUCGAAGCAGAGAACAUUGUGAGCGCGAAUUUUGCACUGGCGACGGUUAUCGAUAACAACGACCUACAAGGUCUCCCUUCGAGCGAGCAGGCUAUAAAGAUGGAGGGUAUUAAGUCUUCGACCGCAGCAAACGCCUCGCGUAAGAAUUCACAUCCGGAUCUGGAUCUCACUCAACCAGAGAAUGCACUCUUUUUGGACGAUGAUGAGGACUGGACUGGAGCGUUGGAUGAUCUGGAAAUGGAGGAGGCCGCACCAGCAGUAGCAGACAAUGUGGGCAGGAAUGUUGUGGAUCCUUCUCCUGCUAACCCUGGCACACUCGAUAUGAACAAUGCUCCUACUUUGUCGGCGGCGGUCGACGAGAAUGUGCUUGAGAUCGAAGAGGGUUUCUUGCCGCGGACGAAUAAGCGAAAGUCCAAGAGAGCUAGGUUCAGUUUCGAUGAGGAUGACUGA